GGAAGUGGUGAGGAUUGCUGAAGCAACAUGGAGGAAGCCGCAGAGGAUGGAGGUAACCUGGCUGGGGUCCAGCACAUUAUCGUGGUGCUAUCGGGGAAAGGGGGCGUAGGGAAGAGCACCAUCUCAACAGAGCUGGCUUUGGCUCUGCAUCACACUGGGAAAAAGGUCGGGAUCCUGGAUGUAGACCUCUGUGGCCCCAGCAUCCCGCGCAUGCUCAAUGUGCAGGACCGAGAUGUUCACCAGUGCAACGGUGGCUGGGUGCCGGUCUUCGUUGGCCAAGACAAAAGCAUUGCCGUCAUGUCCAUUGGCUUCCUUCUGGAAAAGCCAGACGAUGCCGUAAUAUGGAGAGGACCAAAGAAAAAUGCUUUGAUCAAGCAGUUUGUCUCCGAUGUCACUUGGGGAGAACUUGACUUCUUGAUUGUGGAUACACCCCCGGGCACAUCCGAUGAGCAUAUCUCCACCGUAGAAUCCCUUCGGCCUUAUAAGCCUCUUGGGGCAAUUCUUGUUACAACACCGCAGGCUGUUUCCGUGGGGGACGUGAGGCGAGAGCUGACCUUCUGCAAGAAGACAGGCUUACGGGUCCUUGGGAUCGUGGAGAACAUGAGCGGCUUCGUCUGCCCACACUGUUUGGAAUGCACCAAUGUCUUUUCCAAAGGAGGUGGACAGGAGCUGGCCAAGCAUGCCGAGGUCCCAUUCCUAGGGUGCGUGCCCCUGGACCCCCAGCUCAGCCAGAGCUUGGAACAAGGCAGAGACUUCCUCCAGGAAUUUCCCAAGAGCCUGGCGUUCCCUGCGCUCGCCGACAUCGCCCGGCAGAUCUUGGCUGGGGCGUCCGCUUGCAGCUCCUGAACCGGAAGCACAGGCUGGAAUCGACGGGCACCCAGCAUCUUCCUCGCUGCACCAAGAGAAGCGAGAGAAGCUGCCCAGGAAAUGGGGCAGCUUUUGAGAAGGCU